AUGGAUAGUGAGUGCAACCGGUUUCUGUUGGAGCUGGACAACGUUCCAACUCAUUUAGUACGCGCUUACGAAUAUGAAGUGCAAAAAUCAGCGACCUUGUUUAAUCCAUGGAGCGCGGAACGCGUUUUGGAGCGAUUGGCGACGUAUCGCAACAAAUGGAGCUUUCCAGAGGACGGACGACUUUCAGACCUGCUAUGUAGCAUGCACGGAUGGACUUGUUCAUCGCCAAACACGCUAUUUUGUCGUUGGUGCGAAACGACUCGAGACGAGGCAUAUCUCUUAAGCACUAUUGACCCAGAAGCACUACAAAUUAAUCACGAAAAGGUUUCCCCUCGACAACCCUCUCCUUCUUUAAAGAACAUACACGCGUCUUCGUGUCCGUGGGCCGAAACAUGCUGUGCAAGCAAUGUUCUUCGGAUUUAUAUACCUCUUGAACUUGCUCAAUUACCAACUCGUUUUGAAUCGUUUACAAUGGAACGGGUAAAUAUUAGCGCUGUGAACGAAGCAGAUGAUUUAUUUUGUGAGCAAUUGUCUCACAAACUAUCGCUUCACAAAGGUUUGGGUUGGCAGCAGCGUUUGAUACUUGCCGUAUUCGGCUGGAAACAAAUCGCGACACGAGGCGAUACAGACCAAGUUCUUGAAUGCACCAAAUGUCUUCGUCGGCUGGGUACGUGGAACUUCCGGGAUCAACCACUCAACGUUAUUUCUUGUCACAAAUCGUAUUGCCCCUACAUUGCCGAAGAACACGAUGGAUUAAAAACUUGGCAGGUCCUGCUCGCCAUUUAUGGUUGCCGUCUGCAAAUUCCUCUGCUGCUGGCGGAAAACGGAAAGGACGAAGAAACAAACGAGAUGGAAGACGAAAUUAUAGAUUAUGGGGAUGACAAAAACGAAGCGAUGAUGGAACGUUCGCUUAUUGAGGGUGCGAAUACUCUUCUUUCAGAGAUUCCUACAGGAGAACUGUUUCUUCAUCGCUGA